AUGGAAGAACCGCCACAGAAAAGGUUCAGGUACACCACCUACAACCAACAACUCAAAAAUAUCUCAGUCGAUGUCGGCAAGCAGAGAGGUCUGGGAUGGCAGAAGGAAGAGUUCAAUGAGGACACUGAGCAGACAAGCACCCCCUUAACCUCUGAAAUCGAACGCCUUUCAUUGCUCGACCUCACCAUCCCCUACCAAGAUGUUCAACGCAUCUUGAUUCCCCUCACCAACUCUCUUCCGAUCACCCUCCACAAUCUUCCCGAAAUCCAAAAAGUCUUUCACAACUUUUACUCAAAUCUUGCCGAUGGGCACGAGCAUACCCACUCCGGUCUUGAUUCGGUACUCUUCUUGCACCAGGCUCUCUACGAGACCUGUAUCGGGGAGGCUGUUGUGUAUGUCCCAGAGACAGUGAAAGAUCUUCUCAGAGUGGGCUCCCUGCGAGCUCUCGACCCCAAACUUGUGGAGAGGACAUAUUCCACCCUCUCUCUCAUCCUCCGAACGAUCGCCUCCUCCCUUCUCAAAUCCAACGCCGCCGCCCAAGCUGCUUUGAAGGAGACAUGGGAGAAUCUGUGCCCUUACCUCGCCCCAAAAGCUAACAGGUCCUAUGUCAGGCGAUGCGUCGCUGACGCUUGGACAGGUGUGAUUAGGAAGGCGAGGUCGGAGGGGUUGCACAGAUUGAUGGAUCUGUUGCUGAGUGGUGAUUUCCAAGGAAUGGAAGCUGUGUGGGCGCACAGUAUGAAGGGUGCUUCUGGGCAGCUUCAUUCGAGAGGUGUGGCCAUCUACACCGCCCUCUUUGAUCACUUGGUGAACUCGCCGAGUGUUCAGCAGACAAACACCCUCUCCCUGGUCAGCACUGCCCUCGUCCACCAUACAUCUGCAUCGGUCAACCAGCCUAUUGUUGAGGUCGUCCUCGACAGACUAUCCAAAGCUACCUCCUUAUCCUCCACCACUGCCAUCCUUCACACUCUUUCGGCCUUCCUCUUCACCCGCAAGGGAAAGCGAUUCCCCUCGCCACUCUUGAAAUCUCUCAUGCAGAGGUUCGUCGAGCUCAUUCCAAAGUUGACCAACGAGGCGGUCGUGAAGGAGGAUCUCGUUAAAGAGGAAAAUGAGACAAGAGGAGCGUUCAGAAGAUGGCUCGUGUCUGGUGUCAUUGGGGCGUUGCAGGCCGGGCAGCUUGCUCAGUGGCUCAGCCCUGGUGUUGUGCUCAUAGACAAAUUGUGGCAAAGUCUUGACGACCAUGAAUGUUUCGCGUUCGUCAACGCUUUGGUGGCACUGAAGUGGACCGGUGUUGAGCAAUUCAUCCUGUCUCAUGUUGCCAAGGCUUCUCUUCCUUCCCUGAACACCGACCCCCUCUCCACCCUUGUCCUUCUCAACAACCUCGCCUCCUCCGGGUAUCUUUCCGGAGGUCUCUCAAACGUUCAAGGAGGUCGAUGGAGACAAUCAUUCGUCUCUGCCCUUGUCGGUCUCUUGCAGAAUCUGGGUCAAUCACAAUUGGAGUUGAAAGAAAGGAGGGUGCUGGGGCAGAUACUGUCGCUUGUACCAGCUCUCCCCGGAGACGCAGACAAAUUUACCCCCGAGGUCAUCUCUCUUCUCAAGUCUACUCUCCAAAAGUUGGAUAAGAAGACAGAAGACGAUUUGAAGAACGAGUGGAAGUCUCAAGGUGCUUGGAACGAUACCCACAUCCUGGGCUUGCUUUUGCGAGCCGCUGAUGAGCUGAUCGCCGCCUCCAAAGCGGAUGUGAGCAACGACAUCAAGGGACUGCUUGUGGUGGAAGGAUGGGCGAAGAAGGUGAUUGAAAAGUGGAGUUGGAGUAGAGAGAUUAUGGGGAGUGUGGUACCGCACAUCGAGCGAUGGGCAACGGAAAUCGGCUUGCCGCAUGACCAAACCCUCGAGCAUUUCAUGCCUAAUAUCAUCUCUGCCGAUUCUCAACUCCGCCUCUCUUCCCUUCAAGUCCUCACUGCCAUCGCUCCCACACAGCCCCUUCACUCCAACCCCGAAGAGAGCACCACCUCCUUACACCACAUCUACAACCACUGCGUACAGAUCGAGUCUUCCGAGAUGACUCUGCGCAAUGUGCGAGAGAGGACCACUGAAAUCUCACGGUUGACCCGUGCACUCGCAGCUCUUCCUUCCAAGGAACUCCUUCCUGCGAAUGUGCUUGCUGCCGUGGUAGCUUAUAUCACUUCGCAAUUGAAAGUCAACUUUAGGCCCAUCUAUCCGGAGGCUAUUGCGACACUUUCGUCGAUUGCGGAGCAGCACAAGGAGAUCGUCUGGGAGACUCUAUGGAGUGAAUUGCAAAAGACCAAUUCAUCUACUGCGGCUAUCGCUGUGGACUUGGAUAUCGAGUACCCCGAGUGGGCGCUUGUGAAAGGCGAGACAGAGCAAACGAUCGAAAAGGUUGAGGACGAAGCCGAGUUCAGGUGCCCGAAUCUGGAGAAGAGCAGGGUUAUCUUUGGGAAAGUCUGGGAGCGAAAGACUCAGGAAAACAAAUUGGACGAGCAUGAGGUCAUUUCGCAAAUAUCACACGACAAGCUGGAUGUUUUGAAUUACGAGGCCCAGCUUCUCGCCACCCUCGGCGCCAUGCCUCUUGUCGCCGAGAAGCACACUCGUCUUAUCACACCAGUAUUCUUCUCUGUCGCUCGCCAAGGCACAUUUGAAGAUGACGAGCCUUCGUCCGCCACACACCUGUCUACCAAGCAGCUCCAAGCCCGUACAGCCAACUAUCUCGAACUUUUCUCCAAGUUUGUCAAUCCAAAAGCUGCUUUCCGAGCGGAAGAGCUGCAUCAGUUGUACCUGAGCUUACUCUCCAAGGGUGAGCCCAAGCUGCAAGGCUUGGCUGUCAAGUGUUUGAUAACCUACAAGUCACCCAGCCUGACUCCCUACUCUGACUCUCUGGAGAGCCUUUUGGAGGACAACAAGUUCAGGGACGAGUUGCAAAGGAUGCGGUUGGGUGUCGACAGCCAGGACUAUGCGCUGGCUGCGAGGAACUCUGAAGCCGCUCAGAAGACGCGAGUGAUUGUGAUCGAACCCACCCACCGAAGCGAGGCUUUGCCUGUCAUCAUCCGCUUGCUCUACGGUAUCAUGACCUCGCGCCGAGGACGUUCCAGUAGCGCGCAAGGUCAGGCUGCGCGAAAGCAGGCCGUGCUCAGUGCUUUGAACGGCUGUUCGUCCGAGGAGCUUGGUACACUUGUGGACCUCAUGCUUGAGCCUUUCGGAGAGACGAUGGAAGAUGCCGGAAAGGUCACCGGAAGGCAGCAGAUGGGUUUCCUCUCUCUGCUCACCGAUGUCAUCAGAUACCUUGGUCCCCAACUUGGAGCUCAUUGGGACCGGCUGGUCAACAACCUUGUCAACCUCAUUGGCUAUGCUCAAGAGCGCUUGACAGCGUCCGACAUUGUGACCGAGGAUGCCCAUGAAGGCGAUGAGACCGAGGAUGUUGAGGCUGAGAAGGGUAUGGCGCCUUUGCGAAACAUCAGGUCUAUCGGGCUGAAACGCCUGGUCCAAUUCCUGCGCUCGCCUGUUCAAUUCGAUGUCAAGCCUUACCUCCCAACCAUCUUCCAAUACAUCAUCUCUCCCAGACUGGAUAAGCUCGAAGUCGAAAACACUCAAGCACCUUCUGGUACUCUUGAUCUCAUUGCUACUCUUGCCGCCAAACCCGAAACGGCCAUUAGCCUUACUGGUUUGGACCAGAGGACGCUGCCAAAGGCUUUCGCUUGUAUGACAGCUGUCAAGGUCAAGCCUGCGGUGGUGCUGAAGGUAUUCGACAUUAUCGACUCAUUGCUGGUCGAGGAUGACGAGGCUGCCUUGACCAAGGAGGUUCUUCUGCCCCAUAUCAGGGUACUCAUCGACAAUGUCAUUGGUCUUGUGGCUUCCUUGAAGGCUUCACAAAACGAUGAUAUCACUCGUCGACUGUUGACCAUUCUUUCACACCUUUCAGCCAUUGUCGAGGAUGGACAACAAGCGCAGCAGCUCGCUACCCUUCUUGCGCCUAUGCUCCGUAACCGACAAACCCACGAGAAGGCCAAGACCAACAUCCUUGCCACUCUUCAACGGCUCUACGCCAUCUGCCCCGACUUUACAGACACAUCUAGCAAGUUCUUCUAUCAGUCAUACGACGUUAUCUCCAGUCUGUUCCAGACUCUCUUCUUCUCUUCGUCGCGUCGAGCCCUGGUCAAGACAUUCGAGACCUUUGCGGCCGUCGACCCGUCUCUUGCUAAAUCUGUUAAGCUCGUAGCAGACUUGAACUCUUAUUCUGCCAAGAGGGUCGAGGAGCCCGACUUUGACAGACGUCUGUCUGCAUUCGAGGCAAUCAAUGACGGACCGGAAGAGGAGCUUCCUCAAGACGUUCGAGCUUGGACCCCUAUAUUGAGGUCAUGCUUGUUCUUUUUGCACGAGCCCGAGGAGCUGUCUAUCAGGACGAGUGCUUCAGCUGUACUGCAGAGAUUCAUCGCUGUAGUCGGCAGUUCCUCCGACGGCGCCUAUGUCAACGCUCUGCAAAACAUCAUUCUGCCGGGGCUCAAGAGAGCCCUCAAAUCCAAGAUUGAGCUGGUCAGAGGGGAGGCUUUGUUGGUGAUCGCUCAAGGUGUCAAGUUGUGCGAUGGCGUGCCAGAGUUGAAUGAGAUGAAGCCUCUGUUGGCUGAGGGCGAUGACGAAGCGUCCUUCUUCACCAACAUCAGUCACAUCCAGGUUCAUCGACGCGCCCGUGCGCUUGUCCGAUUGCGAAGCAUCAUCGCUGAGCCGACCACCUCUAUCCAAGAAAACACCUACACCUCGAUCUUCUUGCCCUUGCUUGAACACAUCAUCGCCGGUGCCACCGACGUUACGGAUCACCACCUUAUCAACGAGGCAAUUCAAACCGUUGGUGGGUUGGCGCAGGAAUUGAGGUGGAACAAAUGGUACUCGUUAAUCCAGAGGUACAUGAAGCUCGGCUUGGGAAGUGGAAAGACUGGGCAACAAAAGUACUACGUCAGGAGUGUGGCAGCCGUCAUUGAUGGCUUCCACUUUGAUUUGGGAACUGGAGAUGCCAUGGACAUUGACGAGAAGGAAGGCGAUGACGAAGAAGGCGAUGACGACGAGGAUGAGGUCGUGAAGAAGGAUGAUGGAGCCAGCCCCGAGAAGAUCAUGGGUAUCAUCUUGAACAAGCUCCUUCCUUCUCUCACCAAGUUUGUUGCCGACAAAGACGAUGCUGAAAGCACCAUCCGAGUGCCUCUGGCUCUUGGUGUUGUCAAGAUCGCCCACACUCUGCCCGGACCUUCUGCUGAGACCGAAGUCCUUCGUGCUAUCACCACUGUUGCUCAGAUUCUCCGAAGCCGAGACCAAGACACUCGUGACAUCACCCGAGAGACGAUCUGCAAGAUUGCCAUCUACCUCGGCCCCGGAUGGCUGGUCAAGCUUAUCAAGGAGUUGGAAGUCGCUCUUCCUCGAGGGCCCCAGAAGCAUAUCCUUGCUGUGACAACCCACGCCAUCCUGGUCCAAGCCACUACUCAGGCGUCCGAUAGGUUUGCCAACCUCGACGAUGCUGUUCAGUUGGCUGUGCAGAUUGCUGCUGAGGUUGUCUGGGGUGAAUCCGGAAAGGACGUUGAUAGCGAAGGCUUCAAGACCAAGAUGAGGGAAGUCAGGGGUGCCACCUCGCGAGGUUUCGACACUUUCCAGCUUCUCUCCCAGCUCGUGUCGCCAAGCAAGAUCGGUGCCGUCCUGGUGCCGAUUCAGGACGUCAUGCACGCCUCGCAGGCCGUCAAGGCUAUGCAGCAGCUGGACGAAGCGCUUCGACGCGUCUCCUUGGGUCUUAACGCCAACAGCCUUCUGUCGCCCCAAGAUAUCCUGUCGCUUUGUCACUCUCUCAUCAGUGGAAACUCGUCGCAUCUCAAGGCCAAGCGCAAGGCUGCUCGACCUGCCGAUACACCUGAAGCUUUCAAGGUUGUGAUGAAGCGAGACGUCAAGGCUGAAGAGGACUUUUACCCUGCCAACGCGCACAAGCUUGUCAUGUUUGGUCUCGACUUGUUUGUCACUGCUUUCAGACGGGGCAAGUUUGCCUUUGACGAUGUUGACAUUCUCUCUCGUCUUGGCCCCAUGGUCAACGCUAUUGGUAACACCCUCUACUCCAGCACAUCCAAUGUGUUGCUCCUUUCCCUCAAGGCCACCGCCGCUAUCGCUCGAUGCCCUAUACCUCAGGUAGAAGGCGCCCUGCAUGUCUACAUCAACAACAUCUUCAAGAUUAUCAAGCAUGCGGGAGGCACUGCCCAGACAGAGGUUGCUCAAAUGGCUUUGAAGACAUUGUCUGUCAUCUUGAGGGACUGCAAGACUUCUGAGGUAUCUGAAACUCAACUCAAGUACCUCAUUGAAGUCAUCAGUCCAGACCUCGAGGAGUCGGACAGGCAGUCUGCCAUCUUUACUGUCCUUCGUGCCAUCAUCACUCGCAAGUUUGUCGUCCCCGAGAUCUACGACUUGAUGGAGCGAGUGUCUUCCAUCAUGGUCACUUCUCAAUCCACACAUGUCCAAGAGCUGUGUCGAGGUUCCGUCAUGGCUUUCCUCCUCGAUUAUCCUCAAGGCAAGGGUCGUCUCAAGUCUCAGAUGACCUUUUUCGCGCAAAACUUGCAAUACACUUACGAAGCAGGUCGUCUUUCCGUCAUGGAAGUUCUCUCUGCCGUAUUUGAAAAGUUCUCUGACGACCUUAUUGAAGAGUACGCUGGCAUGUUCUUUGUCGCCUUGGUGGUCACCCGUGCCAACGACGAUUCCGAGAAAUGCCGAGUGGCCGCCGGAGAAUUGUUGAAGGUUCUCUGGAGACGCUUGGACGAGGGCGCAAGAGGCAAGAUGGCCGAAGUCGUCAAAAGCUGGAUCGCCCAGCACGACGAGAAUGAGACCCUUGCUGGAGCUGCCAUGGGUGUCCUUGGCUUGCUUGUUGAAACUGGCGGAGAAGGGCUUGGAGACGUGGCGAGCGUCGUUAAUCCAGUCUUGAAGGAAAGCGCCGCUACCCUCCAAGAAGCCGAGGAGCAAGACGAAGCAGUUGAACUCGACUACACCCUUCCUCACCACACCCUCGCCACAACGGCCAAGCUUGUUCUCACCAACCCCUCUGCUUCGUCGUCUCUCCCUUGGACCGAUAUCGUUCCUCAUCUCCUCUUCCCCCACGACUAUGUCCGAUACGACACUGCCAAACUCAUUUCCAACCUCUUUGCCAAUGAUGCGGAUCCCGCCGUCGUCUGCGAGAUGCUCGGUAAUGAGCUGUGUCUUGACAUUGCUAGGAAGGGGUGUCUUGUGUUGAAGGGCAAUAGGAAUGAGAAUGGAGAGUGGAUGGUCGGAAGCGGCAAGUUGGCGGAUGAAGUGGUCAAGUGUCUGUACAACAUCUCCAAGUACUGGGCUGCUACCGAGCAACCGCUUGCUGCCAAGGACGUGGAAGAAGGCGCCGACGAGGAAGAAGACCGCGAUGAAGAAGAACACGUAAAGAAGCCUCUGGCUUGGCUCAUGUCUCGAAUGUCGUUCGUCGCUCGACACUUGAUCGUCAACAGACCAGCUCCCCACAGCUUCCAAGCUCAGGAACAAUGGUCCGCACCGAUCUUGUCCAUCUUGCGGUUCUUUGCGGGUGUGACCGAGUGUUUGAGCAAGGCGCAAGCUAUUGGGUUCUUGGUGCACGUCUUGAGUCCGGUGUAUAGGAUCUUGGACGAGGGCGGUGAUCUUGGGCAAGUCGAGGACAAGCAAGUCGACGACCUGCGCGAACUUGCGACCCAAGUACGUGAAUUCGUCACGACCAGAUCAGGCAUCAGCGCCUUCUCCAAAGCCUGGGAGAAACUGCGCCAGACUGUCACUGCCAAGCGACAAGAACGUCGCGAGGGCCGAGUCAAGCUGGCGUUCACUAACCCGGAGCUGCAUGCGGAGAAGAAGGAGAAGAAGGUGGAGAGGCAGAAGGAGGGGAAGAAGAGAAAGAUUAGGGCGUUUGCGGAGGGAAGAAUAGUGCCCGGCGUUAAGAAGAGGAAGCAAUAG